UAGAUGAAUUACAACUAGAACUGCAAAAGCAUAUGAACUCCAGUCAGGCUACCUCGGGCUCUGUCAGAUAUUCUUUCUCCAAGGAAACUGAGGAAUUCAGGCAAUCAGAUAAAUAUUCAAUAGUUGAAACCUUGUCUAUAAGAAGUGACUCUGGAGAUGAAAUAGCAUCUUACACUUAGGAGGAAAGCUGCAGAUACAUGGAAGUCUCACGCAACAAGGACAAAUUAGAAAUCCAAUCUGAGCUGAAACGUGUCAUUUUCUGAAAUCAGGUGAUUUACAUAAAGAAAACGAGGGCAUGAUAAUGACGAUCACUGAAGACGUUGAGAGGAAGGCUUUGCAAGCUAAGCUGGACAAAAUGGCUACGGACCUUGAGGAGGUGAGGUUACUUAAUAGCCACUUUCAAGAGGAUCAGCUGUUACAGUUGUCUCACCAGAAACAAACCGAAACAGUCUGCGAACAGGUUGAGAUGGAGACAGCGAGAACAAUUCUUCGUUUAAGAGGUUGCUGCCCUUCAGUUUGAACUUGAUGAGAACAAUUCUACCAUUAGUGCAAAGGGAACCAGUUUUUUGUUGCUAUAUUUCUUGUGAAUCCGUUUGAUCAUCAUCGUAUUAUUACUACUAUGCUCUGCGUACUCAAUUUUUUUGUCGGUUUUGGGACAUAUGCUUAAUGUAUUCUGCUGCUUACAGGUCAGAGACAAAAUUGGAGAUUUCAUAAAGGGCGUAUUUUCUAAAUUCCAGGGUACGAAUGUCCAAAUAUGGAUUACGAAACGUAUCGUACAGUGUAAUACUGUGAUUAGCUAUGUAAUGAUUAGUUAGGUACAUGCUCUUGUUGCUGUGGAAGUUUGCAUUCCUGAUUUUCUUUUGCAGAUUUGGAUUUUAGUUUCCUGGAAAUGAACCCAUUUACCUUGGUUGAUGGUGAACCUUAUCCGUAGAUAUGAGGGGGGAGCUGGAUGACACUGCUGCCUUCAAGAACUUCAAUAAAUGGGGCAGUGUGGAGUUUCCAUUGCCUUUCGGCAGAGUCUUAAGUCCUACAGAAACGUUUAUUCAUUCUCUGGAUGAAAGGACAAGCGCGUCCUUAAAAUUCACUGUGUUGAACCCAAAAUGACGCAUCUGGACCAUGGUACCUGGAGGGGGUGCAAGUGUAAUUUACGCUGAUACUGUUGGAGAUUUGGGUUAUGCUUUAGAACUUGGAAAUUAUGCAGAGUAUAGUGGAGCUCCAAAUGAGGAAGAGGUGUUGCAAUAUGCAAGAGUUGCGAUGGAUUGUGCAACAGCUGAUCCAGAUGGUCGUAAAAGAGCUCUAAUAAUUGGAGGUGGUAUAGCUAAUUUCAGAGACGUAGCUGCUACAUUCCAUGGAAUUAUUAGAGCCCUAAGGGAGAAGGAAUCCAAGCUAAAAGCGGCAAGAAUGCAUAUAUUUGUGAGAAGGGGCGGUCCAAAUUAUCAAACUGGUUUGGCAAAGAUGUGUGCUUUGGGGGAAGAACUCGGAGUUCCUCUGGAGGUUUAUGGCCCUAAGGCAGCAAUGACCGGAAUGUGCAACAAGCAAGCAAUUGAGUGCAUCGUGGAUGAAGCUUAAGAGUUUCUUAUUCGCGGCUCUUUGUAUGAGUUUUCAAGCCUCGAAGUGUGUUUAUGAUUUGGCCAAAAAGGCAAAAAGUAUGAAUUGUGAGUUUGUCUUGGCAAGAUGAGAGCGCAUAAUUUCUUCAGUUUUCCAAUCUUUUCAACUAUUGUGACUUAUUGUGAUGAACCAUGGUAAGUGUGUUCUUGUUUUGAAAGGAAAUGGUUGCAUU